AUGAGCUCUGCAGGUGCUCGUGGGGGGGGGAUGCCAGCCUCGCUGCAGACUGCCGCAGCGGCAGCAUCAGCUGCAGCGGCUGGCGAGGGCAGCAGCGCAGAUGGUGGUAAGAGUCGAGGCAGACUGUACAUGCGCGCGAUCGGGGGGCCUAGACAGCGGAAGACAACACGUCAUGAUGCCCUUUUGCAUCAGUGCUGGGUCGCUCCCACUCUCCCCCUCGAUAGGGAGCAGCAGCGGCAGCAGCAGCAGCAAAUCGAUACGCAGCAAGAGGCGGCGGCGGAGGAGUGCCGACUUCUGCUAAUGCAGCAGCGCAUCGCAGCGCAAACGCAUGCUCCUUUCUUCCCGGAGGGCAAGGAGCAAUCCUCGCAGAAUCCAGAAGAUAAACGUAUGAUUCUCUUUCCCGCGGCAGAAGCUGCCGCUGCAGGCAAGGGGGGAGGGUUUCCUGCCGAUGCAGACGCUCCCGCAGAUAGCUCUUCGGCAGCUUCGGAUCAUGCAUCAGCUGCGAAGCGCGUUGAGACGCCGCUUUCUCAUGAAUUGAUGACAGCAGAGUCUUCAGCGGAGGAGACGGCUGCGCCUGCUGUGGAUGCCCCUCCCGACAGGGAGCAGCUAGCCGGAGCUGUUGACAAAGAGAGCAGCAUCGUGAAUAGCAGCGCCUCGGAAAUAGACGCUACCGAGAAACUUUCCUCGCAGGGAGAUGCCUCGAGCAAACCUCCUCCAGGCACUGCUGCUGCAGCAGCACCGACGGCAGGAGCAGCAGCAGCAGCGGAAGAAGCUGUGCUGCAGCAGCGGGUGCAAGUGCCCCUAGUUCGUCUGCUCACGACGCAACCUUUCAGAGUAUUUGACGCCUCCGUUUUCUGCUCUGCCUCCGCAGCUCCUACUCGGGGAAGGGGCCGUCGAGGAGCAGCAGCCGCUGCGCGAAGGCUGCUGCAGCAACAGCAACAAGAGGAGGAAAUGCUUCUACAGGGGUCUGUGCGAGCGUCGCGUGGAGGUCGAAGUCGUGGAAGGGGUGCAGCAGCGGCAGCAGUCGUUGUUGCAGCCGAAGCAGAAGGAGCUGGAAACGGAGGCAGCCGUGGAAGCGGUGCCUCUGCGUGUCUGGCAGCAACUGAGCAGCAGCAAGAGGAGGCCUUUCGUUUUCUCGGGGAGGAGCAGCAGCAAAUGGCGGAGACUGUGGGGGAGUGGGCAACAGACUUCAACUGCCUCGAUCAGGAGCUUGUGCUGGAGUACAUGUAUGCAGACCGCCGCUUGCAGCAGCAGCACUCGCAUCUGCUGCAGCAGCAGACGACGAUGCCAGAGGCUGGCACUCUCGAAUCUGUGCAGCAGCAGCAGCGGCUGUUGCAUCAGCAGUCCGUCUGGAGGCGGGAAGGCUAUCAGACAGUGCCUGCAGCAAGGAGAGCGUCGAAUGCUGUCGCCUCGCAGCGAAAGGAGGCCUUGUUAUACGAACAACAGCCACACCCCCACCGUCAACCAACCCCCCAACAGCUGUGCUUCCUCCAUGAUGCCUUGCCAAACGUGCAGCGGCAGGCAGCCGCAUUCUUCAAUUCAGUUCCUGCAGCGGCAGUUGGCAGCAGCAGCGCAGCAGUCGUUGCCGCUGCAGCAGCAGCUGCAGGCAGUGCGAUAUCCGUGGCGGGCGGAAACUUGCUGCUCCUGCCUCAGCUGUCUUCGCGGAGUCGGCUGCAGCAGCAGCAAGAGCAUCAGCAAGCUGCGGCUUUGGCAGAUGCUGCAGCUCCUGCAGGAGCCGAAGGGGAGGCUAACAGCAGUAAUAGCAGUAGUAGCAGUUCUUCUUUUCCCCCGCCGCUGCGAGACAUUGACGCGCUUCGUUCUUUGCAGCAGAACGUUUCUCUCCAGCUCGACCGCGUAGAGUCGUGGCUGCUUAGAGUGUCUGUCGCUCUUACGGAUGGCAGCAGCCGAGUGCCCCAGGGGCCCCCCGUGGAGCUACCGGGGGGCCCCCCUACCGAAGCGGCGCCGAUUUUAUUGCAGGAGAAGGUGGAGUUGCCGCUGUUGUCGGAUCCUCUGGCAGCUGCGCGAGGCACGAUUCUGCCCAUUUCCCUCGGCAACAGGCUGCACCUAGCGGAGGCGGAGGAGCUGCUGCAGGAAGGGCUUCUUCUGCAGCAGAUCGUUGGAGUGUCGCAGCAGCUGCAACAACUGCAGCAUCGUGUGCGGCAGAGCCGACAGUUCGGGCAGCGCAUAUGUGCUGCGCUUAACGGCAGCUCCAGCAGCGGCGGCUCUAGCAGCAGCCGCCGAGAGAAGGGCGGAGAAAACAGCGCUGGAGGAGGGGGCAGCAGCAGCGGCGGCAGUAGUAGUAGCAGCGGCGGGAAGGGCCGCAUUCCGAUUCAGCUCCUGCGACGACUCUUGGUAGAAGGCUUCCACGAAAUCCCAUUCAUCGUCCCCGAGUUCAUCUUCCUUUUGCAGCAGUUGCAACAAGUUGUCACUUGGCGAGACCUCCUGAGAGCGGCUGCAGCCACUGGCGAUCUCCCCCAGUGCGAAGAAAUCCUGGCACAGGCUCAGGAUGUUUGCGUGUAUAUACCCGGGUGGAGCGACUGGAAGGGGCACGUUGCUGCAGCGGCAUGGGCGGAACGUGUUGAGCGUCUGUUGCAGCGGCCUAUUCGUUUAGGCGUCGCAAUAGCGUUGUUGCAAGAGCCAUCCUCUGAGACGGCUGGACCCUCUGCCAGAGAGCUUCAGCGUCGAGUUGCGCAAGCGGGGGAGUGGUCGCGACGGUGCAUGCAACCCCGGUACGCGCAGUUGCUGACAGCGGCAGGCGCAGACGCUGCUGCACUGCGAGAGCUUCAGUCUCUCGCUGAUGGGGUGAAGAACGAGGGCAAAGAAGAGCAGCUCUCCUCCUCGUUUCCGACACCUGCAGAAUUGGAGGCGCUUAUCGCGCAGCACACGGCCCUCAAGUUGAUAGUUCCUGCCAUCAAAUAUCUUGAGGUUCUGUAUGGCCGUUGGCGAAAGUGGGAAAAGCGCUUUGCCAAGACGGCAGGGGGCAGCCUGUCGCUUCCUGAGGCACGUCAGGUGUUGCACGACGGUCAGGUGUUGCAGCAGCAGCUCGAAAUUAAGGCUUGGAUUCGUCCCUUAACGGAGUAUGUGAAGCAGUCCGCUGCGUUCACGGAGAAGGCGAGGUCUCUCCUAGACAGUGCUGCCGCUGCUGCUGUAGCGGCUGCUGCUGUUCGCCUUGGAUGGGCGGUUGGUUCCCUUGACGGCUUUCGUCGCAAGGGAGCUUUGCUCCCGGAGGAUCUCAUGCACGUUCUGGAGUUGCAGAGACACCGCAGGGAGGUCGCAGCGUCGGGAGUCGUGGGGUCGGGAGUGUCUUCCCCUGCGAGAGGCGCUGAGGCAGCAGCAGACCGUCGCAGAGCGCCGUAUGAGCGCCUAGUCGAGCUCAUUGCCGUGCAUGAGAACCUCGUCAUCAAGAACUGGGGUCUGCAUGGAGAUCUCGUGGAUUUGCGAGACAAGGCUCAGCGCUGGCUGAAGAGAGCUCAGGAUUUGCUGUCUCUCCCCCAGCAGCAGCAUUCGUUGUUGUUGCCGCAGGAGGGGGGGGGGGGGAGAAGCUGCUCUUCAACAGGGACAUGCUCUCAGGGAAGUACAGGCGCCGUGGCUGCUGCCGCUGGAGCAGGAGCAGGAGCAGGAGAUUCUCUUGGGAAAGCGCUGCGGCCUCUAUUGCCGUGCAGCGCAAACACUGUGCGACUUGCUGCACUGCUCCUGCUAGAAAGCGACUCGGUUUGCUGCUGUGAGGAUCUUGAAAACCGCCUUGAGCAGCUGCUGCUGUAUGCCUUAUGGAGGAGUCGAGUUGCCAGAUUGAGGCCUCCCGCAAAUGACGCUCAAGUGGAGGAGCUCCUCGCUGCUCCGCAGCUACAAAAUUUCUCUGGGUGGAUAGACACGGAAACCCCUGUUUCCGUGCUGAUUGCCCGCGAGGCCGCUACAGUUAGCAAGCCGCCACGAUCGAGAAAUCGAGAUCUGAAGUGCCAGGCAGCGCUCCAGGUGGAGGCGGCAGCUACAGCGGCAAACGAGAAGCAAGCAGCUGCUGGGGAGGGUGUUUUGGUGGGUGAAUCGAAUGCGUUUGCCGUUGCGUCGAGCGGCGUGAUUGCCGCAACUCAUAAAAGUGCUGACCGAGGUGAACUUCGCUCUGAGGAGGCGAUCCCCCUGCAGCAAGGAGAUAUGAUGGAUCCUUCACGGCAGCAGGGGGAGAGCAGUCUGAGCAGGCAGCAGCAGCAGUGGAAGCAGCUGAUUUCACUGCCCGAGUUGGCUUUUUUAAAAGCGCUGAGUGGCAUCGCGACGGACUGGCAACGCAAGGCCCAGCAGCUGCGCGAGGCAGUGCCACGUCCUCGAGCUGCGGAGUGGCAGCAGCUGUUGCUGGAGGCUGAAGACUUGCCCGUAGAUCUUUCGUCGGUGCGUCAGGAUAUCGCGCAAGCUCUGCAGCAGCAGCAGGAAGUGGAGGGGCAGCUGGCGGCUGCGCUGGGCAAUCCAGACACGGCCGCGUCUCUCACGCAGCUGCGCGAGUUGCAGCGCAAGGCUAGCAGCUGCAGCGUGUACAUUAGCUGCUUGGGUGCAACGGAGGAACGGCUGCGGCAGCUGCAAGAUCUCGAGACGGCUUCUGCGCAGCACCUCGAGGCAGAGGACACCCCUCGCGCAGAGCUUCAGCGCUUCGUGGAGGAGCAGCAGCAGCUGUUGCAGCUGCCGAUCGACACUCCAGACUUGCCUUGCUACACCCACCUCAAGGAGGCAUGCAGCGCUGUCGCCGCGUGGAUCGCGCAAACUGCGCAGCUGCACGCCGUCGGGGGAUCGCUGCGCCAGUGGCAACAGCACGUGGAACGAGGGCUCAGUCUGCGCAUAAAGCCGGAGGGUCUAGAGGAGCUGCAACGGCAGCUGCGCGAAAGUGCGGACUGGUGCAUUGUCUACCAGCAUCUCCUGGAAUUGCGUGUCGUAGUUCGCUGCCAGAAUGCAAGCGCAGCUGCUGCAGUCAUUACGGAGAUGCUGCAGGAGAGCUCGAUGCCUCUGAUGAUCCUCCCUCGCGCUGCAGCGGCCAGUGCAGCAAGCACCUUCCCGCAGCAGCAGAUUCCUGCCGUUAGAGCUUAUGUGCCUUUGUUGGAUGCGGAGCGACUGACUCGGAAGCCCUUUGGGCUGGGGCAGUCUCUCCUGCCGUUCGCUGAACUGCAGCAGCACGUCAGAAAAGCUCAGCGCCUAAGGCAACGCUGCGCUAGAGCGCUCCAGCAGUCGUACAGAGAACGCGCGGCUUGUCUCUUUGGAGUUGCUGCGGGAGUCGAUCCUCAUUCCGACUUUGGCACUGCGAUCUCGGAGCCUCACGUCCUUUUUCUCUUUCGGCAGCAGCAACAGCAGGCAGCAGCAGCUGCAGCAGCAGCGAGUGCCGCGGAAGGGGGGGGGGGGAGGACAGACGCGCAAGAGUCAGAAGAGAUCCGUCUCCAGAGGCUGAAGGCUCUCCAGAAAGAGCAGGAAAAGCGAAUCUCCGCGCUGCAACUGCUCUCCCCCGAUGCAGCCAAUGCGCUUCUCUGGAAAACGACGCAGCGGCUGAGACGGCUUGCUGCUGCCUGCGCUGUGGGCCGCAUCCACAUUAAGGAGAGACGUCUGCUCAAAGUUGAGGUGCUGCUACGCGUAUACAAUCACCGCAUGCUGUCGCUUCUUCGCUGUCCACGCCAUUCUCUUGCCCAGGCCGAACAGCUUCUCCAGCAGAUCGAGACGCGACGGCUGCAUGUGCGAGAAUCUGGCGGUAAUUUGAAGGCUCUCUCCCUCCCUUCCGACGUUCCUGCGACCGAAGAAGCGCAGGAGGGGGCCGAGGGUGAGGACGAACAUAGGCUCUCGCAAGAACAACAACAACAGCAACAACAGCAGCAAGUGGUGGUCUCUCCAGCAACAAUAGCCCAACAGCAAUUGCUGGAGCUGCAGAUUCGUCUGCAGCAGCUGCUGAUGCCUCCCCAGCCUCAAAUUCCUGAGGAACCUCCGCCUGUGAGGGCUUCCCCUGUGCGAACGCGUAGGAGGCAGCAACUCGAUCAUGAGGACGAAGAACAGCCGGAGCACCAGCAGCAACAGCAGCAACAACAACUGCAGCAACAGCAGCAGCAACAGCAGCAACAACAGCAGCAACACAGGCCGUUAGCGCCUACUCGACGUAGCACGCGUGCUCCCCGCCGUCCUAGGCUCCAUGGGGAGGUGAUGGCGGCAGUAACAACUCGACGUUCUGCGAAGACAGAGGAGGCAGCAGAGGCUGCUGCUGCUGCUGCGAAUGCAUCUCCCGGUGAGCAGCAGCAGCAGGGGCAGCAGCAGCAGGAGUACAUGCAGCCGGAGUCGCAGUUUCUUCACUCCCUGCAGGAGCAGCAGCACGCGAUGGAUGUCGACACUCCGGGGGAAGCCGCCGAGACAGCCGGGGCGGAGGCAGCAGCUGGCGAGUAUGGAUCUUCGGAGACUGCCGCAGGAGGUGUAGUUACUGCGCGCGACCCCUUUGGAUGGGCGCUGGGGGCGGAGGAGCUGAGCGAGGACGAGGAAGAGACGCUCAUGUUGCAGGAGUUGCAUCCUCUGGACGGCUCCGCAGGUGCCUCCUUCCUUUUGCAGCAGCAGAAGCAGCACGAGGCUGUGGCGAGCAGCGGCGAUGAGGAGAAGCCGUUCACUGGUCUUUCUGUGCUGCAGCUGCUGUCGGAGCUUCAGCGCAGUGAAGGCUGCAACGCUGCAGAGCCGGUAGUUGGCUUGCCUGUAGAGCUGGUGGAUGGUCCUACCUACUUGCGAUUGAAAUCCCUCGUUUGCAGCACGCAGCAAUGGCUACAGCAGUACCGAGCCAUGCGUCUUCCAGUCAUUCGAGACGCUCAGCAACCCCUGCUAGAGGACUUGUGCCGCAUGCAGAGGCAUCCCCAGGAAGAGAUCGUGGCGGAAGCGGCUCGUUGCUGCAUCUGCGCGCCAACUGCGACUGCUGCUCUCCCGGCAAUAGACGCAAACGACGCUGAUGCAGCUGCAGCUGCAGCAGAGGCACGGAAGGCAUGGGUUAAGGAGCGCGAAGCGGCGUUACAGCAGCAUCACCCUCCUCUUGGUCCCUCUUUUAUCGUGAAGUGUGUGUUGCUGAUGCUACCUCAGCUGACAGAGGAGCUGCAGCGGCUUUUGUUGUAUGCAGUCACGAAGGGUCUCACCGUAGAGGCGCUGCUGUGUCUCAGCGCACGACUCGACGUAUUGCUGGAUGUGGCAGCUGCCUCAGAGAGGAAGCGCUUGGAGGAAGAGCAGCAGAUGCAGGAGUCUCGCAUACACGAUGAUGAGCAGCAGAUGCAGGAGCAACAGCAAACGGCGCCAAGUACUGCACUUGAGGAUGAAGCGCAACCGACUGAGGGGGGGGGCGCCUCCACGCUGCGUGCAGGAGUGUCUCCUGCGAAUCAUGCGGAUAGCAGCGACAGAGACUUCCAUCGCGUGUGGCUGGAAGGCGAACCUCCUGGCUAUGCCUUCCACCUCCUGACGGCAUACGCUCUGCAUUACAAGCAGCUAACUGGCGGCAAGAUCAGCUGGCCGGUGUCUGACAUCCGUUCGCUGCAUCCCUUGUUGCUGCGUCUCAUCGAAUCCAAGGCUAAACGCAGGGGAGACCAUGCAUCGGUACAAGGCCUCUGGAUCGCGAAGGCUGUCGGCCCACCCUGUAAAGCACGAGCAGCCUCUGGCGUAAAGCGGCAAUGCGGGGGUGAUGCUGCUGCUGCUGCUGCUGCUGCUGCUGCUCUGCCACAGCAGCAGGCGUAUGGGGUGGACAGCCUCGCACCGAGCGCUGCUGUUGCAGGGCCCCAGCAGCAGGUGCCGUCAAUACACCCGACGGGGGGAGGCGUGAAAAGGGCAGCCACGCGGCAGCAGCAGUCGCCUGCAGCUGCCGCCGCAGCCGCUGGCUAUUCGAAGAGGGCCAAGUACGCGGAGAACUCCUCCGAACUCACCCCUAGCGAGCUGCACCCCCCGCAGAUGCAAGAAGAAGCCUCGAUGGCAGACUGCAGCGUGGCGUCUUUCGCUCGGGAAGAAGGCCAGCAACUCGCAGUGCCCCAACAGCAGCAACAGCAGCAGCAGCAGCAGCAGCAGCACAUGGCAGCUGCUGCGGCUGCCGUGUCAGCAGCUCCUCCGCAUGUGGGAAGACGGGCAAAACAGACUCCCAACUUCCCCUGUCGAAACGUAACCCCUCGAAUAGGGGAUGGCAGGCGUGUGCGCUGCUUCUCCUCGAAGGAAAUGUUGCGCGCAUCGGGAGUGCCUUUGCCCACCCUCCGCGAAGGCCUCCUUUUGCUGCUUCGCUCCAGCUCUUCGUCUUUUGGAAGCUUCCUCCACGGCGAAACGGUUGUGUUACAGGCCCUAAUCGUCGUUGAGCUGCUGAUCAGCUGGUGGCUCAGGCAGCAGUAUCCGUUCCUCGAGCGCGAGGAAGAACUCAUGCGGCAGCAGCGGAAGGCUGCAGAACGAGAUCAGGCUGCCGCUGCUGCUGCUGCUGCCGCAGGAGACAUGGAGAAGCAGCACCAGCUGCUGCUGCAUGCGCAGCAGCAACGCGUUCCAAGCGCCUACGGCAGUCUCGCGCUGCCCCUCCGUCGCCGCAUGCAAAUCUGCUGCAGCAGCAAAGCCCCCGCCUACCAGAAUCCGUACAGAUGCGUUCCUGCCAUAGGUCUCUGCUCGAAAGAAGGCGUCAUGAAAGUUCUCGAGAAACAAAAGGAAAUCGAGCAGCAGCAGCUCCUGCAGCACCAACAACGCGACAGCAGGGAGCGCUUCCUGGAGCGCUUGAAGGAGUCUCAUGGAGAUGCUGCUUCUCCCUCUCCUUCUCCGCUUCCUGGGGAGGAGAAGGAGAAGCAACUCGAGCUGGGGAGUGCCGUGGCGGAGGGGUUCUUUGACACCGAGAGCGAAGUCGAAGAAGUCUUGCAAGGCCUCUUCGACCCUCAGCGCGGACGAAAGCUCCUCAUUCAGAAAGAAGUGCAACAGCUGCAAACUGGAAAGCUACACCUUCCAGAGGGUGCAACAGCAGCAGUCGGUUCGAAUGCGGAGAUAGAAGGAGUUCAGGAGUGCGAGACUCCCCAGCAGCUCCAGCAGCAGCAGCAGCACUGCCAGCGUUCAGUAGAACUGGCGGGGGCAGACACUGCGAUAUGGCAAGGCGUCCCUUGGAGCGUCGGGCUUGAAGACUGGGAAGUUCCUGCAUGCGCGUUUGGCCUUAGUGAUCAGGCGCUGCAGCAGCAGCAGCAGCAGCAGCAGCAGCAGCAGCAGCGGGGGGCACGUGUCUGCAAGGGGGAGUCUCUCGUGGCAGUGGAUGGGGAGUGUGUGGCGAGGAGGGGAGUUACUGCCGAAGAGGAGGAGGAAGUGCUCCGCCUGCUGCAAGGGCUGCAAUCAAUGGCUGCGCCUGUACUGCGCGACGAUGCAGCAGGCAGCAGCAUGCGGUGCAUGCAGCACAUAUCUCGUCACACGGUCGAGAGCACCAGCAGCAUUGGCGAGGGGGGAGGGGUCUCGAAUGUCUCGGCAGCGACCGUGUGGCUGUACCGGCGAUCUCUGCUGGAUUUCGACUUCUACGAGAACGAGGACGUCAUGCAGCUGCAGCAACAGGAGGAGGAGAAGGAGGUGCUCCUGCCGGAAGCCUUGAGGCGGAGGCUGCCUCCCGAUCGCAGCGCGCUGCUCGAGGAGACUCUGAGGACCCCCCUGCCGCAAGUGUCACUCUUGUCUCUCCUCCGUCUCCUGGAGGCUCUAGACGGUCUCCCCCUGCAGGUGCCUCUGAAGGGGCGCAUCGCUGCGCUGCUUCUGCAUGCGGUGGAUUGGGCUGUCCGCGCGAGGGAAGCGAUCUGCUUUCUCCCAAGGGUAAGGCGACACAGAGAGCGUUCGGCGCUUGCUGCGAGAAGCAGCAGCACUUCCGGUACAGCACGUAUUGCUGCAGGAACGGGAGGCGUUGCAGCAACGUAUGUGCCUCUUGCGAUUGUCGAGCAGGAAGUAGGUUUGUUGCAAGGCGCAUUGGAUGAGGAGGACGGCGGUCUGGAAAAGCAGGAGGCUAUCAUGGUGACGGGAGAGAAGGCGGAGGGAGACGCUGCAGCGCAGCAUGUGCGUCCAGCGGAGGAUGAGGCUGCCGCGCAAGACGAGCCUCCGCAGCAAAACCAGCAGCGCCACUUGUUGAGGGGAGGCACUGAGUGUGGCGCUUUAAGGCCUGAGGCAGCGGGGGAAGAGACUGCAGAAGCUCAGCCCCAGGAGUCUCUUGCAGAAGGCGGCGAGGGGAUGAAGGACGCUGCAGCAGCAGCGGAGUUUUUCGCCAGCCGAGGCAAGAAGGCAGCUGCGGCUGCGGAUCCCGGGAGCUCGGAGGGGGCCUUACAGUAA